AUGGCCUUUUUCUUUCUGGUGUUGAUUUUCUUCAGCCUUACCACCACCUCAACCAUCGCGACGAAGACGAACGACAACCAAAAGCCGAAGGUGGUUCAAAAACACUUCUUAGGCGUCGACCCUCUUUUUCAGCACAAAUACUCCUUUGAUGACGAUGACGAUGAAAAAAAAUUCGCGUGCAACGACGGGAAAACAAUCAUCGAUUUUACAAAAGUAAACGACAACUUUUGCGACUGCCGCGAAGACGGCUCGGACGAACCGGGCACGAACGCGUGCAGUCACGCGAUACACUCGCACGGCUUUUACUGUCAAAAUCUCGGCUCGACUGCGAAACUGAUCAAAAGCUCCUUCGUGAACGACAACGUUUGCGAUUGUUGCGACGGUUCGGAUGAAAAAUUCAACACGAAAAAACACUGCGAAAAUACGUGUUCGAAAGACGGUAUGAGGACGAUGGAAUCGUUGCGAGAAGAGGUUCGAGAUUUCGAGAUUGGCAUUCGAAAGAAGCGAAACGAAUACGCGAAGAAGAUGGAAAACGCGAAAAAAGAAGCGGAGAAAGAAGUUGUUCGAUUGCAAAAAGCCGUCGAACAGUUGCGGGAAGAAAAAGAAAAGAACGAGGCGGAAGAGGAGAAGGCGAACGAAGUCUUUCGAGAAAAGGAGAAGUUGAAAGAAGAGAGAGAAGAAGAGGAGGAGAGAAAGAAGAAACAGGAGGAGGAAAAGGAAAAGGUGGAGGAAGAAGAGAAGAGACAUCAUCAUCCAGACGACGAGAGCAAAGAGGAACGAGAGAUGAGAGAGAUGGAAGAGGAGAUGCGGGAAAUCGAGCGAGAGGAAGGCGAGGUGGAUCGAGCAGCGGCGAAAGUGGCCGCGAGCGAUAACAACGACGAAAAAAAGGGAGAAGAAGAUAUAAACAGAGAGGAGACGGACGAAGAGAGAGGACGACGGAUUGCCGAGCAGUGGGUGCACGGAGACGACAACGAUCAUCGUGAAGGAGAAAAUGAAGAGGAGGAAGAUUUCAUCGAUGGCGAUUAUGGACAUCACGAUCCCUACGAAGAAGAGGAUGACUACGACGAAGAUGGUCACUAUCCCCCUCACGACGACGACGACGACGACUUUGACGACGACGACGACGACAACAACAUCGGGGAGGAAAGAGAUGUGGAAGCAUCGAAGAAGGAAAAAGUUGGAAUGUUUGGACGCGUGAAACAAAUGGUAAUGGGCAACAAGAAAGCAAAGAAGAAAGCGAGAGGCGGCGGAUCUGACAACGAGGACGACAACAAAAUGGGAGAGGAAGAACGCGCGCUCGAAGACGCUCGGAAAGUAAAAAACGAAGCGUCGAGGAAAGCAAACGAGGCGAGGGAAAAGUUCGAGGAAUCCAACGCGAAGUUAUCGGCAUUCAAUGCGAAAAUAGAACGGCUCUCGUCCGAGACUGACGACGAAACCACGAAGCUGCUCCUCGGCGCGUUGUCCGACCAGUGUUUUUCUACAAAAGCGGAUAAAUACACGUACGAAAUUUGCCUCUUUGGCCAAUCAAAGCAAGACAACCACGUGCGAUUAGGCGACAUGAAAAGCGAGAUUACCUUUGACGACUCGUCGGGUAAACGUUUCGCGAAAUUCGAAAACGGCGAAAAGUGUUGGAACGGACCGAAAAGGUCCAUGACGGUUGAAUUAGUUUGCGGAAGUACGGAAUCUUUGUUCGACGUUCAAGAACCGAGCCGGUGCGAGUAUUCGAGCAAAUUAUACACCCCAAUAGCGUGCGACGAGAAAACAUUAGAUGAGAAGAAAAUAGAGCUGGACAGUUUAGCAGAGCGAGAGAAAAAUACCAACGAAGAAGCAGAGGUGGAGUACGUCGUAAACUUUUAA